UUUGUACAAACAAUUCGUGAUUAUGUUUGGCGCUUGUUAAUUUGUGUUGUGAAUUAAAAGCAUUACAGUAUUGCAUGGGAGUUAGUCUUAAUCAAGAUGCCUGCGUUUCUUAAAUAUAUCGAUAUGGAAAAUUUCAAGACCUAUAGAGGACAUCACCGCAUAGGUCCUCUGAAGUCUUUUACCGCUGUUGUUGGCCCUAAUGGAUCAGGAAAGUCCAACUUCAUGGACGCUGUGAGCUUUGUGAUGGGUGAGAAGACAUCAUUGUUGCGUGUGAAGAGGUUGAGUGACUUGAUCCAUGGUGCUUCAAUCAACAAACCUGUUUCUCGAAGUGCAUCUGUUACGGCAACGUUUGUUCUGGAAGACAUGACUGAGAAACAUUUCCAGAGAUCAGUGAUUGGACAAUCGUCUGAACAUAAAAUUGAUGGCCAGUCUGUAUCAGUAAGUAACUAUCUUGGUGAACUAGAGAAAUUGGGCAUCAAUGUGAAAGCCAAGAACUUCCUAGUCUUCCAGGGUGCCGUCGAGAGCAUUGCCAUGAAGAAUCCUAAAGAAAGGACUACUCUGUUUGAGGAAAUCAGCGGGUCUGGAGUGUUAAAGGAACAGUAUGAAGCUUGCCGUGCUGAAGUAAACCGAGCUGAUGAGGAGGCUCAAUUCUCUUAUCAGAAAAAGAAGGGAGUGGCAGCUGAGAGGAAAGAAGCAAAGUUUGAGAAGGAAGAAGCGGAGAAAUACACAAGGCUUAAGCAAGAAUUGCAAGAGCAAAAAGUGGAACUUCAACUUUUCCAUCUGUAUCACAACGAGAGAGAGAUCCAGGCUUAUGAAGAAGAUUUGCAACACAAACAACAAGAAUUAGCAAAAAUAGAGAAGAAAAGACAGAAGGCUGAAGAAGCAUUAAAGGAAAAGAAAAAAGAAGCCGGAACCGUACAGAGAGAGCUCGCAAAGAUUGAACAGGACAUUAGGGAAGUGGAAGCGGAGAUUUCAAAAAAACGACCAACCUUCAUAAAAGCAAAAGAACGAGUCACUCACACUCAGAAGAAGCUUGAAAGUGCUCAAAAGACAUUAGAACAAGCGCGGAAAGCUCAUGAGGCCCAUCAGGAUGACAUCAGGACUUUGGAGGAGGAGCUUAGAACCUUGGAGCAGCAAAAGGCAACAUGGGAAACAGCUAGUGGUACCGGUCACAGUGGGAAGGCUGAUGUACAUUUGGAGGAGGCCCAGAUCCGUGAAUAUGAAGAGCUGAAGAUGGAAGCAUCCCGUCAGGCAGCUCGCUACCUCCAGGAACUGGAUUCCGUGAAUAGGGAACAGAAGGCAGACCAGGAUCGUCUGGACAAUGAGCUGAGGAAGAAGGGAGAGCUGGAAAACAAGCAUCGGCAGAAGGGGCACGAGAGAAACGAAGCUGUGAAGAGAGUGGACAAACUAAAUGAACACAUCAAGAGUUCGGAACAGGCUCUUGAGGAACAGAGGAGACUACGAGCUGAGUUACAGGCGGACGUGGGUUCGUGCCGCGGGCGGGCCGCCAGCCUGCAGACGCAGCUGGAGGACGUGGCGGCGCAGCUGGGCGACGCGCGCGUGGACAAGCACGAGGAGGCGCGCCGCAGGAAGAAGCAGGAGAUCGUCGAGAGCUUCAAGCGAGACAUCCCCGGGGUUUAUGACAGAAUGAUCAACAUGUGCCAGCCGACCCACAAAAGGUACAACGUGGCCAUCACCAAGGUCCUCGGGAAGUACAUGGAAGCUAUCGUGGUGGACACAGAGAAGACAGCUCGGAGGUGUAUCCAGGUGCUGAAAGAACGAAUGCUGGAACCGGAGACUUUCCUCCCCCUGGACUACAUACAGGCCAAACCGCUUCGGGAGAGACUGAGAGACAUAAAGGAGCCCAAGAACGUGAAGCUGCUGUUCGACGUGCUCCGCUUCGAGCCGGCCGCCAUCCACCGCGCCGUGCUCUUCGUCACCAACAACGCGCUCGUGUGCGAGACCCCCGAGGACGCGUCGCGCGUCGCCUACGACCUCGACCGGAACAAGAACAGCAGAUACGAUGCGCUGGCGCUGGACGGCACGUUCUACCAGAAGUCUGGCAUCAUAUCGGGGGGCUCGUUGGAUCUGGCGAGGAAAGCUAAACGAUGGGACGAGAAGCAUCUUUCACAGCUUAAAGCUAAAAAGGAGAAGCUAACAGAAGAGCUCCGGGAGUCGAUGAAGAAGUCCCGCAAGGAGUCGGAGCUGACCACCGUGGACUCGCAGAUCCGGGGGCUCGAGUCCAGACUCAAGUACGCCGUCACCGACAGGGACACCACCUUAAAACAAAUUAAGACGUUGGAUGCUGAGAUCGUUGAGCUGGAGCGAAAGAUGGAAACUUUUGGGCCUCAGAUCGAAGAGAUCGAGCGCACCAUCCGGCUGCGCGACGCCAAGAUCCAGGAGGUGAAGGAGAACAUGAACAACGUGGAGGACGUCGUGUUCAAGGCGUUCUGUCGGGACAUCGGCGUCGCCAACAUCCGACAGUACGAGGAGCGCGAGCUGCGCGCCCAGCAGGAGCGCGCCAAGCGGCGGAUGGAGUUUGAAGCGCAAAUCGACAGGGUCGCCUCCAACCUGGAGUUCGAGCGAUCCCGGGACACGCAGAAGAACGUGACGCGGUGGGAGCGCGCGGUGCAGGACGCCGAGGACGAGCUGGAGGGCGGGCGCCAGGCGGAGGCCAAGCAGCGCGCCGACAUCGACCACGAGCUGCGCCGCGCCGACACGCUCAAGGCGGACCGGGCCGCCGCGCGCACGCACCUCGAGAAGGCGGAGGAGGACGUCAACAAGGCGCGGAAAGAGGUGUCCAGCAUCCAGAAGGACAUCCAGAGCGUCCAGAAGCAGAUGGCCAGCAUCGAGGCGCGCAUCGAGAGCAAGCGCAGCGAGCGACACAACAUACUGCGGCAGUGCAAGAUCGAUGACAUAAUAAUACCCUUAUUGGAGGGUAGCCUAGACGACACGGCCGACACGGAGUCCGACCCCUCCUCCAUGUCCACCACGCAGCAGUACAGGAAGGAAUCCAGGAUUCGUGUGGACUACAGCAUGCUGUCGGACAGCCUGCGCGACCUGGAGGAGGCCGACGAGGUCCGGCGCCGCGCGGACAAGCUGCAGAAGGCGAUCAACUCCCUGCAGACGACCGUCGACAAGAUCCAGGCGCCCAACAUGCGGGCCAUGCAGAAGCUGACGGAGGUGCGGGAGAAGGUGAACGCUACCAACGAGGCCUUCGUGGCGGCGAGGAAGCGCGCGCACCGCGCCAAGCUCGCCUUCGAGAAGGUGAAGAAGGAGCGCCACGACAAGUUCAUGGACUGCUUCGAGCACGUCGCCAACGAGAUCGACGCCAUCUACAAGGCGCUGGCGAUGAACCAGUCGGCGCAGGCGUUCCUGGGUCCCGAGAACCCCGAGGAGCCGUACCUGGACGGCAUCAACUACAACUGCGUGGCGCCCGGGAAGCGCUUCCAGCCCAUGUCCAACCUCUCCGGCGGGGAGAAGACGGUGGCCGCGCUAGCGCUGCUGUUCGCCAUCCACAGCUACCAGCCGGCGCCGUUCUUUCUGCUGGACGAGAUAGACGCGGCCCUGGACAACACCAACAUAGGCAAGGUCGCCUCCUACAUCCGCUCCAAGAAGGGCUGUCUGCAGACCAUCGUCAUCUCGCUCAAGGAGGAGUUCUAUGGGUGCGCCGAUGCGCUGGUCGGCAUCUGCUCGGAGCCGGCGGACUGCCUCGUGAGUGACGUCAUCACCCUCAGCCUGGAGAACUACGCGGAUUAGGUCAAGAAACGGAACAAGCUCUUUAUAUUCUCAUUCCUUUAAGAUUUUAAUUUCAGUUGUGACGUUAAUUAAUAUAGGACUUGAUUACAUAUCUUAUUAUAUUUUGGAUGAUA